UAACAGUGACAAUUCCUUCACCCGAUUUCCAUCUCACGAUUCCUUAUCAAUUCAAUUUUUCAUGUGUAAGACAAAAUGGAAAUUACAAAGUAAAACCAAAGAUCAGAACGAGCUUGGCUUGACGGACCGCAGUCCUCGAAACUUAAAUCAUUAAACCCAAUGGACCGACUUUGACCGAAUCAAAGAAGUUUGUAUUUGUUUCAUCCUUCAUUGGCUUGCCUACAGCCGAAUCAAUGGCUAAUCUUCUGAAAGAUGUUGUCCUUAGUGAUGACAAGCCGAAAGAAUUUCUUUUGGAUAAACAUCUUCAAUACGUACUGUCUUAUGGUGUCAACACCGAUGAAUUUGAAUAUUGUACGACUGAAUACAUAAGAAUGUCUGGAAUGUAUUGGAUACUUACGACAUUAGCUACGACAAAUAAGCUCGACAGCACUGACAAAAGACAAUUUUUAGAUUUUAUAAAACAAUGCAUUGAUAAAAACAGUGGAGGUAUUAGUGGAUGUGUUGGGCACGAUCCCCAUAUACUCUACACAUUGAGUGCUGUUCAGAUUGCUUGCAUUCUAAAUGCAGUCGAUGAGUUGCCAGUUGAUGAAAUAGUUAAAUAUGUAAGAAGUUUGCAAAAACCAGAUGGUAGCUUUAUCGGAGAUAAAUGGGGUGAAGUGGAUACUAGAUUUUCAUUUUGUGCUGUUGCCUGCUUAUCAUUACUGGGAAGAUUGGAUGCCAUUAACAUAAAGAAAGCAGUCGAGUUUGUAAUGACAUGUCAAAAUUUUGAUGGUGGCUUUGGAUCUCAGCCAAACUCAGAAAGUCACGCAGGUCUAAUUUAUUGUUGCGUAGGUUUUCUUUCCAUCACAGGUGAGCUAUCUAGGAUAGAUGCUGAUGCAUUAGCUUGGUGGUUGUGUGAACGACAACUCCCUUCAGGUGGCCUUAAUGGCAGACCAGAAAAACUACCAGAUGUGUGUUACUCAUGGUGGGUUUUAGCGUCAUUAACCAUACUAGGGAGACAACAUUGGAUUAGUAAAGAACAACUAAAGACUUACAUUCUAGCUAGCCAGGAUAAUGAAACUGGCGGGUUUAGUGACCGACCAGGAGAUAUGCCAGAUCCUUUUCAUACAUUAUUUGGAGUCGCUGCCUUAUCUUUGCUAGAAGAACCUGGAUUAGCACCUAUAAAUCCAACGUUUUGCAUGCCACAGUCGGUUAUCGAUGAGUUACAAUUAUCCCCUGAAAGGCUGACUGUUUAAAACAAAUUCAAAGUAUUGUUUAAAAAACAAAAUGAACAUUG